AUGGGCACGAAGCUGGCACUACGGGUCUGCCGAAGCCGAUAUGACGCUGACACCCUGCGAACCGAGCUUAAGAAACUCGAGACACUGCCUUCGGAGAUAUGCCUUCGGAAAAGAGACUUCAUUCCAGGCAUAGGAAAUGGACACAACGUUAGCUGGACGGACUGUGCCGAAGUUGCCGCUGUCUCGAUUGCUGAAAGGACCAUCAUGUUUCCUGAGUGCUCAGCGGCCUGCAUUUUGUUCUGCAUGUCGCAGGCUAACCCUCUCUGCGCUGCCACCUGCAUCGGCAUCUGCGCCUCGACGGUCGAGCCUGGUACCCCGAUCGAGGGCAUUGACGCCGGCGAGGGUGCCUCCUUGGUUUUCCACGCCGACGGAAAGGAUUUGUCCGGGUCUGUCUGGUAG